GGGAGACCAUCCAGGGCCUGAGGAGCAGUCUGCUGGAUGCCAUCGACACUCUGUCUCGAGUGGACUCCUCGGUGGCCGUCUCCUCCGGCGGGGAGCUCUUCCUGCGCUUCAUCAGCCUCACCUCCCUGGAGUAUUCGGACUACUCCAAGUGCAAAGAAAUCAUGAUCGAGCGCGGGGAGAUCUUCCUCAGGAAAGUAUCUCUCUCAAGGAACAAAAUUGCCAAGCUCUGUCAUCCCUUCAUCAGAGAUGGUGCCCGAAUAUUGACGCAUGCCUACUCAAGAGUGGUCCUCAGAGUGCUAGAAGCAGCUGUUGAGUCAAAGAAGCGAUUCAGCGUUUAUGUUACUGAAUCACAGCCAGAUCAAGCAGGGCAAAAAAUGGCAAAAGCCCUGAGGAAGCUCAGCAUUCCCGUGACUGUGAUUCUGGAUGCUGCAGUUGGCUACAUUAUGGAGAAAGUGGACCUGGUGUUAGUUGGUGCUGAAGGUGUAGUUGAAAGCGGAGGCAUUAUUAACAAGAUUGGCACUAAUCAAAUUGCUGUGUGUGCCAAAGCUCAGAAUAAACCAUUUUAUGUGGUAGCAGAAAGCUUCAAGUUUGUAAGGCUUUUCCCUCUAAAUCAGCAGGACGUCCCAGAUAAGUUUAAGUACAAAGCAGACACUCUGAAAACGAGUCAGAAUCUAACAGAGGAGCACCCCUGGAUUGACUACACAUCACCAUCACUAAUUACGUUACUUUUUACAGACCUUGGUGUGUUAACUCCAUCAGCUGUCAGUGAUGAACUUAUUAAACUCUAUCUGUAACAGAGGACUCAGCGUACAGGAUGUAUCUUCUUCAAUGACUAUCACAGUUGUAAGAACUUGGAAGAUAGAAGUUACAUGGACGCAGUAAGGAGAUGGCAUUAUAAGGAUUAAUGUAAUUAUCGGCC